AUGAAAUCGCUCGUCCUGUUGUCGCUUCUGGUCUCGGCUGUGGCGGGGAAGAUGGCUCGGCUCAAAUUCGUGGUGCACGGUAGGUCAUUAUUGGCUCGCGUUGUCCCGUUGGAGACCGGGUUUGGACUGGAGAACGAAUGGAUGGAUUGUCUGAUCAUGGGUUUGGUCGUCCUCUGUGUUUUCAGUCGGAUCAUGGUUUGGUUCCUCUGGUGUUUCAGUCUGAUCAUGGGUUUUGUUCUAUCUGUGUUUCAUCUGAUCAUGGGUUUGGUUCCUUCUGUGUUUCAGCUGAUCAUGGGUUUUGGUUCCUCUGUGUUUCAGUCUGAUCAUGGGGUGUGGUUCUCCUCUGUGUUUCAGUCUGAUCAUGGGUUUUGGUCCUCUGUGUUUCAGUUGCUCAUGGUUUGGUUCCUCUGUGUUUCAGUUCUGAUCAUGGGUUUGGUUCCUCUGUGUUUCAGUCUGAUCUUGGUUUGGUUCCUCUGUGUUUCCGUCUGA